UCUUAUCAUCCCCCUCACUCAGUUUACCCUUUAUUAGAGGAAAACUCUUUUGUUGGCACGUCCAUGGAAGUAUGAAGCCAAGAUGAUGUAAGAGCCUCAGCGGUUAUCAAAUCGUUAUCGACGAUAAAGACAACAUGUUCGCUUCUUUGCUUUCUACUUCGACAAAAAUCGUCAUUGCUCCUCAGUCAAACGUUAAAUGAUGCCAAAUGCCAGCCAUUGAUGUAAUCUGGUCCUAUUCACAGCUAUUUUGCGCUCCCAGAGAGAGGAAGAUCUACAUAUCUUCCAUGGUGAAGAACAGCUGGAACUGCCCCUGGGGUACCCCUGACGUCAUAGGUACAUCAGGUGUGAUGUCGCAUAGUCUGGGGUGUUGACAACUCGAAUAUAUAAGAACUGGGGGAGAUGGGUCUCGUAGAGCUUAGAUUUGUUCCAAGUAAAGUCAAUCCUCGAUUCUAUGAAAGAAUAUCGCAAGAGUUACUAGUCUAGAAGAAGUUCAAUUGCCUACAACCCUACAUACAACAUACUACAUACAUCAUGAGCAGCACGCAGCCUCCUUACUAUUCCUCCUCCUUCGGUGAUCCCACUCAACACCCCAGCUCUUCUCAGCCGAUUGGCACUCAGAUUGGGGGCGUUGACCCUAGUGAUCCUCGUACAGGACCUGCUCCACACACAGCUGGCCCACACAAGUCCGACCUAGCCAACAAGCUCGAUCCUCGUGUGGAUAGCGACCUGAGCAAGGAGAAGAAGUCAAGCAACGCUGGAAUUGGUGGAGCGGGGGGCGCUAGCAACACCCAUACAGGAUCUGCUCAGAGGACGGCGGGUCCUCACACCUCGGACACUGGUAAUAAGCUUGACCCUCGUGUCGACAGUGAUAAGGACAACCGUGCCCGUCACGCACCAGGCACCGUGGCCAGUGAUGCCCGUACAGGGCCUGCUCCUAGAACUGCUGGGCCCCAUGAGUCCGACAUGAGUAACAAGCUUGACCCCCGUGUCGACAGUGACGUAGAUAACCGUGCAUCGGGGGCUGUGUCAAGCAAUCCUCAUACUGGACAUGCUCAGAGAACUGCCGGUCCACACGAUUCUGAUAUGGGUAACAAGCUUGAUCCUCGUGUUGACAGCGAUGUUGAUAACCGGGCCCGCCACGCACCAGGCACCCUGGCAAGCGAUGCUCGCACCGGUCCUACCUCAAGGACUGCUGGUCCCCACGAAUCUGACAUGGGCAACAAGCUUGACCCUCGCGUGGACAGCGACCUCGACAACCGCGCUCAGUAUGCGCCACAAACCACUCACAACCGUAACACCUCUCACCUAGCCGGUACUGGGGCCACUACUUCGAGCACUACUGGUCCCCAUAGCUCAAAGAUUGGCAACAAGAUGGACCCUCGUGUUGACAGUGACCUCGACAACCGCGCUCAGUACGCCCCCGGCACUACCAAGACGGGAAACGAGAACCCCUACGUGACGCAGGACACCUCGCUCAGCAGCGGUUCCAACGCUGGUCCCCAUGAAUCUAAGAUGACGAACAAGCUCGACCCUCGCGUGGAUGCCCAAACGGGCAACGUAUCUUCCAAGACAACCAGCCAGCCUCAUGGCUCCCAGUUUACGGGUAAUACUCAUUCUCAAUAUGGGACCAAUGCCAAUGAGCUAUCUACUGGCGCCGGGUACGCGUCCAGCGGGGUAGGAUACCGACCGGCACAGUCAUCCGGCAGCGCACCUGGGUCCAAGUCUGCUCAGAAGGGUGCAGACAUUGGUUCCAGUGUGAAGGGAGCUUUUGCUGGCGCUCACGGGAUGGGAGAAUCUCUCCGCGGUGGUCUAAAUGCGGCAGUUGAUAAGACGUUUGGCCACGAAGAGGGUGUCGCAAAGAACGAUGCUAUCGCCAGCCAAGGUGAACAAGAGAUGCGCAGUGGAAACUUCAGCCGAGGAAAUGCUUGCUGAGAUGGCUACCCUGGUUGAUUAUGGGUUACGACGCUACGAUGAAUUUGUAUUCUAGGAAUAUGUUUUUCUAACUUUCAAAAUUUUUUAUGACAAUUGGUGGAAAUGAGAUUGGUAGUACAGUUUCUGUAUUAAAUUAAGUCUGAGAGCCGGUCUAUAUACCAAUGAUUUUGAUUCUA